CCAUUGUUCCAGGUACAACCGUCAUAAUGUUGUGACAAUGAGCAUGGACUAGUGUUGUGCGCGAGUCGAUAUCCGUGUCGAUAAAAUGGCCCGGUUGUUGCUGGUGCUGGUGCUGCCCGCACUCGCGGCGGCACUGCAGCCGACCGACAGUGACACGUGUAACCCGGACAAGAUGACCGUGUACCGGAUGGUGUUACACACGUAUUGGACGAGGGAAAAGUUCCCGAAACAUUACCCGGACUGGCGGCCGCCGGCGCAGUGGUCGAGGGUCUAUGGUGUGUCCCACGACCGUUCAUACGUGCUGUUCCGCCUAGGCCGGCGGGUCUCGUCUCCGGUCCGGCAGUUCGCUGAGUCAGGGCGUGCGGACGCGCUGGGUUCAGCGCCCGGCACUAUGGAUGUGUUCGGAGCACCCGCUGUGAUGCAGGGCGCAGGCCGGACGGAGGCAGAAUUCUUUGUUGACGGGAACCAUUCAAGGGUAUCCGUAAUGGCCAGAAUGAUCCCCUCCCCCGACUGGUUCGUGGGGGUGGAUAGCUUCGACCUCUGCGUGGACGGAAACUGGCUGGACAGUAUCACGAUAGAGGUGGACCCGCUAGACGCCGGGACAGACAACGGGUUCACAUUCACAGCGCCCAACUGGCCGACGGCACCACAAGGGGUCGCGUACCGCAUCACCUCCAAAUACCCUUCACACCCUGCUGGCUCCUUCUUCUAUCCGCACCUGAGAAGACUGCCGCCUAUAGCCACCUUCCAGUUCAUUAAGCUUCGCGAAUACGAGCUGUCAGAGGUGUUCCACCGUGACAGCGACGACCGACGGUAUGACGUCAUUCAGCUGGACAAGCUCAGUCACAACAGCAUCGACGUCUUAGACGGGAACAGAGCGCUAUCCAUAGCUGAAGAGGUGGAGAGAGAAGAGCAGGCGCCUAGGAUUUACUCUGAAGGCGCGAUGACGACACCAGAUGGAGCGUACUCCUAUUACUUUCUGGUAAACACCACAACAAGUACAACGGAAGAGCCGCGCUCAGCCAACGAGUUGCCGACAUCAGGGCCGACCGCCAGCGAGAGAUCGGCGCUCCGUAGUCUAGCGCGCCGGUAUCGAGCGCGAAGGCGGCGUAAGCUGCGCGCCGACAACGCCGACCCGGCUGAGCGGAGGAAGCGAAAAAGAGCUAAGCUGCUCGACUGCCGCGUGUCUGACUGGGGCGAGUGGAGCGCGUGUCGCACGGACGGCGGCUGCGUGGGUUCCGCGCAUCGCUCGCGGCGCGUGCUUCGGCGCCAGCGGCCCGGCGGCGCGCCCUGCCCCCCCACCGCCCAGUCCCGGUGGUGCUUCACCAACUGCACCAACACUGAUGACUGGAGGAACAAUCUCACGUAAUUUUGGUCGUAUGUUCAGUUGAAGACCGACGUCUGAAUGUAACCCGUGAUAGAUUUUUUUAGACAUCAUCAAAACAUGUAACACCCUAUUAUUUUUUAGUUAUGAGCAGCGGGCGUAGCACACUAGUGCAGAGGUGCACUGAGAGAAAUUUGCAUUGUGAAUUUAACAAGUUCGACUUGUUGCGGUUUAUCCGUUUGAAUCAGCCAAACGUAUGUUUAAAA